ACAGGGCUCGAGGGUCAGGAGUGAGAGGCUGGCUGAACGGGAGGGAGUGAGAGAGGCCCAAGGAGGAAGAGAAGCAAGUUUGGGUGGGUAGAAAGAACUUACGGGAGUGAAGAAAACCACCUGAGGUAGGCCAAGGGAGCAGCAAGUGGCAAGCAGGGAAGCCAGGGAGACAGAGGGAGGAAAGCUGAACAAGAGGGGAAGAAGCCGGGUAGAGAGUGAGGGGAGAAAGCCUGAAGGGGACAGAGGCACAGAGGAGCAAGAUCCAGGCAACCGGGAGGGUGGGCCGCGUCGUCUGCACAGCCUGUCGGAGUCUGUGGCGGGGGCAGCGCUGGUGCCGCGGGGAUGAACUUUGCCGUGGGCUUCAAGCCGAUGCUGGGGACCUCGCAGAGCAUGGACAACCUGGAGAAGCAGCUCAUCUGCCCCAUCUGCCUGGAGAUGUUCACCAAGCCGGUUGUGAUCCUGCCCUGCCAGCACAACCUGUGCCGCAAGUGUGCCAACGACAUCUUCCAGGCCUCCAACCCUCUGUGGCAGUCACGGGGCUCCACUUCAGUGUCUUCCGGAGGCCGAUUCCGAUGCCCAUCCUGCCGCCACGAAGUGGUGCUGGACCGACAUGGCGUCUACGGCCUGCAGCGCAACCUUCUGGUGGAGAAUAUAAUUGAUAUCUACAAACAGGAAUCAUCUCGACCCCUCCAUGCCAAGGCGGAGCAGCAGCUGAUGUGUGAGGAACACGAGGAUGAGAAGAUCAACAUCUAUUGCCUGACCUGUGAGACCCCCACCUGCUCCAUGUGCAAAGUCUUUGGGGCCCACAAGGACUGUGAAGUGGCCCCUCUGACCAACGUCUACAAACGCCAGAAGGGGGAGCUGAGUGAUGGCAUCGCCAUGUUGGUUGCAGGGAAUGACCGGAUCCAGGCAAUCAUCUCACAGAUGGAGGAGAUCUGCAAAACCAUAGAGGACAACGGGCGGCGGCAGAAGCAGCACCUGUGCCUGCGCUUUGACUCCCUGUACAGCAUCCUGGAGGAGCGCAAGAAAGAGCUGCUGCAGGAGAUCGGGCGAGAGCAGGAGGAGAAGGUCCAGCGGGUGCGAGAGCUCAUCCGCCAGUACGGGGACCAUCUCGAGGUCUCCUCCAAACUGGUUGAGUCAGCCAUCCAGUCCAUGGAAGAGCCUCAGAUGGCUGUCUACCUCCAGCAAUCCAAGGAGCUGAUUAAAAAGAUCACAGACAUGUCCAAAGCAUCCAUGAGCAACCGCCCGGAGCCUGGCUAUGAAAACAUGGACCACUUUUCCAUCAAUGUGGAACAUGUGGCUGAAAUGCUGAGAACAAUUGAAUUCCAUACAGAUGCUGCUGGAGAAGAGGCUGAAGUGGAAGGACCUGGCCCAGAAGGUGGCGAUGCUACAGGAGAAGAGGAGCGCCCAGAAGCAGCGGAUGCCCCCGAGGGGACGGAAGAUGCGGGGUUGAGACCCAAGCCAGCAAGUGCCUCACAUGGUCAACACUGAAAAUGCGGUGUAAAGGCAAGCAGGAAGAGAAGCGACCCACAAUGCCUCCUGAGUAGCAGCUUCCCCCACAAACCCCCUCAGCUCCAUCUGAAUACCUUCCUUGCCUUCCUCUUCCUGUGACCCAACCUCCUCUUGGGGUUUUUUCAUGCCAUGCAGAGAAUGAAUAUUGUAUUGUCUUUGUAACUCUCUUCUCUGGAGUGCUGCCAGGUGGGGGUGGGCUGGCUGCUGCUGAAGCUAUCCCUCAUGGGUGGAAAAUGAGCUGAUAAGGUAUCGAUUUUGAGGCUUCUGGAAAUCGUAGAGGGUUACGAACAUAAGAAGAGCCCUGCUGGAUCAGACCAGUGGCCUGUCUAGUCCAGCACUCUGUCUCACACAGUGGCCAACCAGUUACAUCUGGAGGGCCAACAACAGGCUGUGGAGGCUGAAAUGUUCCCCUGAUGUUGAUUUCUGGUUCUGGGACUCACAGGUUGACUGCCUCUGACUGUGGAGGUUUUCUCCAGUCACUGGCCUCUCCUCCAUGAAUCCCCUUUGAAACCUGUGGCCAUCACUACAUCCUCUGGCAGCGAAUUCUACACUUUACUGGUCCCUGGUGGUCCCCCCUUCCCCUAGGAGCAGCAUUUUGAGCUGCAGGUGUAAAAUGCCCAUUCCCUGGCUGGCAAUACUUGUGUCUGUGGAAAUGCCCUGUUGGAUCACUGAAGCCGUGUCCUGUGUACAGGCUGGUGGUCUCUGCUUGGCCUCUAAUCAGCCUCUGUUAAUAAAUUGUUGGCUGGUUACUCUGGAGCUGCCUCUUUGAGCCUGGGAGCACCCUCCCUGAGGUUUUGCCUUUGGUUUCUUGCAGUUGGCCCUGAAGUGUUUGAGGGAGAGACACCCACCAAUUUUUGAACAGCUUCAAAGCCAGCUCGUGGCUAGGGGGUGUCCACCAGGAAUAGCCUAGGGCAGCCUGGCAGGGCAGUGUGGUGUAGGGGUUAGAUCAGGAUUCAGGACUGAAGGCAACCUAAGUCCUACCCGCCGAUCCAGGUCUGGAAGUUACUGUGAAUAUAAAAGGGGAGCCAGCCAGGUGCCGAAAGGAGAGGAUGAAAACCCUCGACCCCCGCAGCCUCCGGUGACUCCCCUCCCCCCUAUGGUGAUCUCCUCUUUCUACACACAGCCCCCCCCCCGCGGGAACGCAGAGCAACACAGGCU